AUGGUCACUGCUCCCAAGAGUACAAUGUCACACAAGGGGCCGAGAGGCAGAGACGCGUCACACAAGGGGGCCGAGAGGCAGAGACGCGUCACAUGGGGCCGAGAGGCAGAGACGCCACACACAAGGAGGGCCGAGAACAGAGACGCGUCACACAAGGGGGCUCGAGAGGCAGAGACCGUCACACAAGGGGCCGAGAGGAGACGCGUCACACAAGGAGGUCUAGCAGAGACGCGUCACACAAGGAGGGUCGAGAAGCAGAGACGCGUCACACAAGGGGGGCCGAGAGCAGAGACGCGUCACACAAGGGGGGCCGAGAGGCAGAGACGCGUCACACAAGGAGGGCCGAGAGGCAGAGACGCGUCACAAGGUCGAGAGGCAGAGACGCGUCACACAAGGGGGGCUAGAGAAGCAGAGACGCGUCACACAAGAUUGAAAUGUUUGAAGAUUCUAUUAUGA